UGAAUCUUUAAACUUUGAUUUGUUUUCUCCACCUUUUUGUUUACAAUAACUACAUAAUACAUAUAUAAACUGGUCUACUAUUGACUGACUGAUUCUUUGUACCAACUGAUUCUUGCUAGAACAAAAAGAAACUUGCACACAUGCUAAACAUCAUCCCCUUGCAUAUUCACUUAAACUAAUGUAGCCUUCACCAUCCUGGCUAGAGUUACCUCUGUGAAAAGGACACCUGCAGGAUUGAUUACGUGAUCUGUUCUGAGACAGUUACCAGUUCUGCACUGCAGUCUAUUGUUCCAGUAUCACCAGUAUCCCUAUUUAUCAAAGAGAGGUCAUCUUCCUAGUUUUAACUCAGUUUAAGCUGUCAGGAGAAAGUAUUUAAGCGCAUAGAUCUUUUAUCACAGGGCUUUGCAUCAACUGUCGGAUGUUGUCCUAUCAUGACUGUGAAGCAUUUCUCAGUGGAGUCUGACAGAGUGAAGGACCAAGGCACCUACUCCCCAGGGGACAUUCUUUCUGGAAAAGUAACUGUGGUAACCACCAAGGAGAUCAAAGUGCAGAGCCUUUUGGUCCGAGCUAAGGGAAAGGUUAAGGUGAUUUGGUAUGAACAAGAAGGACAAAACUCUGUUGUUCGGAGCAACAAGAAGAAAUACUUCUAUUUUGAGCAUAUAAUUCUUCAGGAUAAAAACAAGGGAGAUGGUUCAGAAAUCAUGGGUGCUGGGAUGAAAGUUUUUCCAUUCAGUUUUGUGAUUCCAAGCAGAGACAUGCCCUCAUCUUAUAAAGGCAAAUGUGGUGAGAUCAAAUAUAGUUUGCGAGCUCAUUUGACUCAAUCAAUUUGGCUUGUACACAAAACCAAGACUGAGUUUCCCUUUCUAACCAGCUCUGAGUUUCCUUUUGCCUCCAAAUCAGAAAUGAUAAUCAUUGGGCUGAAGGAGCAACAGCAUGCAACCAGGAUUUCGUUUUGUGGCUCUGGGAAGGUUACUAUGAAUGUGACCUCUGAAAAAAUGGGCUUAAAGCAAGGAGAGGCAAUGGGAGUCUUUGUGGAGGUACUCAAUGAGUCUGCACACUCUGUAACACCAAAGUUCUACCUGUGUGAGAAGCUAACCUUUGUGGCCCAUUCAAAGAAGAAAGUGGAAACAAAGGACAUCUUGUUCGGGAUAGGAGACGCUGUUCCAGCUGAGAGCAGUCACACUGUAACCAAAGUAUUGAUCAUCCCUCCACACCUUCCUGCUACCUUCUUCAACUGCAGCAUGAUGAAUCUGGAGUACAGAAUCAAGAUCACUCUUGGUGUCCCUUUGCUGAGAGACGCAGAAAUUAAACUUCCUCUGGUCAUCCUCCAGGGUUCGCCAAAACAUCUUUAACAAAAACCAAAAAGAUCCAUCUGGUUUAGAAAACCUCCUGAUUAAAAGAACAUUCAUGAGCAAGAAGAAAAGGGUAUAAAUACGUACUUUACUUUCAGGUAGUAAUGCAGGGUCUAUGGCCAUGUAUGUAGGUAUUGAUAUUUUUGUAACUUGUUUACAUUACUUACAAGAAUGAUUUCUGUUGCUGUCUAAACUUGAAAUGCUGUUCAACGCUAUAGUGUGCAUGUCCACUAGAUGGAGAUGUCUGCCAUAGUAAAGUAAUGGUAGCAUGUUUAACUUAAGUGAUUUUGUUGAAAAUCUAGACCUGUUUUGUUGUUUUGAUAUGUGUUAUAAAUCACUGGUAUAUCCCACAUAAAACAUCAAAAAUACAAACUUGGGUAAAAGUAAAUAAUUCCGUUUUACUUGGGUCAAAAACCAAAUAUCACAUUUUUAAAGAGGAAAAUGUGCAGAGCAAUCCGAUCUCAAUUGAAAAACGGAACCAUGCGUUUUGGGGAUAAUUUAUCCAAAUAACCAAAAUAUAUGAUUUUUGAAAAGAAACAUUUAACUAUUUAAUGAAUUAAUUUGAAAAUGCAAAAGAUUGGGGUAGGUCCAAUGCCUCCAAUGCAAAAGUAUUCAUAAAUAUUUCCAAUAUGUUUGUGUAUCAAUAUGCUUCAUUGGGAAUUCUUUUGACAGAAAUGUCAAGAAUAGACUUUUGGAGAAUUUAAUCUCCAAAUCUCAGGUAGAAUCUGUGAAAUUGAAAGGACAAAUGUGCCCUUUCUAUAAAUGUGGCAAUAUGAAAACAAUUGUUGAAAGAAAGGCAGAGAUGUUUUGGUUGCAUCAAUUUUUUCUGGCCUAAAUAAAGAAUGCAUAUAUAGUUAAGAGAAAAACUAACACAGCACAUUGCCCUGAACACAACAUCCCAACUGCAAAACAUUGUGUUGGGAGAGUCACACAGAGGGGAUGCUCUUUGUCAGCUGGGAUAUUGAAGCAGGUCAGAGAGUUGAUGAGGUGAUGGAUGGAUGGAUCUAAAUUGAGACAAUAAGAAAACCAAUUAGAUGAUGUAAAUGAUUUGAGACUAAAGCAGAGGUUCACCUCUCAGUAGGAUAAUUAAAAUGAAUAAUAUGCAAUUAAGAUACAAUAGUUUCUUGUGAAAUGAUUUGAACUUACAUGUCCUUUCGCUACAUAUGGACCAGCAUCCAAUUUCAGACACUGAUUGGGAGCCAAAUUGGAGUUACUGCCUUGCUCGUAGGCUCUUUAAAGCAGUAAAGGAGGCUGGAACUGAUCCCUCAACUUCUGCCUACCAGAUAGUCAUCAUCUUGUGUCUUCAUACUGACCCACAGCUGCCCUAUCAUAAAAUCUGAAAAGUUUUGCAAGGCACAUUUUAGGAAAAGAAUCCACUUGAUCAGUUGGGUGUACACACAAAAGUGUCAAUUUAGCUUAAACUAACUUUUUAUCUAGAAACUCAAUGUAACAUGACAUCUUUCUACAACACAUAUGGAAACUAUUACAGAUAAUACCUCUACAGAACCUUCUCAGUCUUUAAAGGAACCAGGUGUUCUUUUAACUUACUGGUUAAAAGAACAUUCAUAAGCAAGAACAGUUCAAGUCAUUAAGUUGAAUAAGUCAUCUGACUUAUUCAUACAUACGAAACUAUUUGUUUACAAGUAUAAAACAGAAGAUGAAAUAAAAACAGCUGUUGUGAAAUGACAUGUACAGGCAUAUAGACAAAUACACCCAGAGGUGAAAUUAAUAAGUUCAUCUAAGUCCAAAUGAUGUGAUCUGUCAUUCAUAUCACCAGUGUAAAUGAUAAGGUCACAUUUUUCACAUGUAUCUGGUUAGACAAUAAAAGUGUACAUUCACUGAAUAAAAAGAUAUACACA